ACUUCCAAUCAGCAUGAAACAAGCCUAGGGUCUUCUUCUUCCUUUCUCUCUCUCUAACCUAAAACCCAUCUUCUUCCUUCUAGCAUUUCUCGCCGUUACAUCCAUUGGCGCCAUCGCCACCACCAUGCCGCUCUGUCUCCCUCCGUUUCUCAAUCCGAUGUCGCCGCUAUACUUUAUUCUUCCGGUACAACCGGAUUGAGGAUCUACGAAUUCCCCAAAAAUCCUUGUUGAAUACAUGCCUCUCGAAUCAAAUCAGGUAGAGGAGGACCUCGAGGUGAACCUAUUUCGCAUAUUAUAUCCCGUCCCUAUUCGUGUCAAUAAUACCUUCGGUGGUAGUUUUGUUGGUUCUGGCUCCGACGACUUCUAUCAGAAAGUAGUUGUGAAAUUGGGUGUACACAACGAUAAAGAAAAACAGAGGGCUAUGAAAGCAACUUCCAGCCUUGCAGGAUUGCUUUGGUCUCAGUGUAUUAGUGAACUGUUUAUAGGCUUAUUACCUGUUAGCGGUUGCUUUUACCAUCAUUUACAAAAACUAAACAGCAUCCUUAGAACAUCUCAGUGUAGGUUGGAACUUACUGCUGCAGAAAAGGAUGGAUUUUUCUCUGAGAUAAAUAUGGCUAUUGCUGGGAACCAUGGACUAGAAGUGCAGUUCAUUGGACUCAGUUUCCUUGAGUCACUGGUGUCUGAAUUUUCUCCAUCAUGUUAUUGA